AUAUUACAUUUGUGUAAUUAAUCGAUAUACUUUUAUUGAAGCCAAAAAAAGCGCUGGUGUGAAGAAUCUGUACCGGCUAACCAUUCUUUAGAGGGCGCUGUUUCUUCUUCUGCUUUCGCCUGCGUUGUACGCCGCACCAAUAUGUGUGUAUUUAUAUGUGAGAAUAUAUAGGUGCGUCAGUGAAGCGCCGCACGUGUACUCGUCUGCAUUUGCAAUAAUUGUAUUUUUAUAGGAUUUACAAAUAUUUUUAGAAAAAUGAAUUACGAAGAAGAACAGUCGAACGAGCUCGAAGCUCUGGAUUCAAUUUAUUACGGAGAAUUGGAAAUUUUAGGAGCAAAUCCCAAAAAAUUUACGAUACCAAUCAAAUCCGAAGAGUUUGAACCAGAAACUAAUAAUGGUUUAGGCUGUCGACUCGAGUUUACUUACACGCCAAAAUAUCCAGAAGAUCCCGUUCUUGUUACAAUUGAAGAUGAAGAAAAUUUUAGAGAAGGAGAUAAAGACAGAUUGAUGGAAUUUCUACAAGAGCAGAUUAAAGACAAUCUAGGUACUGUUGUUGUAUUUACAUUAGUUAGUGCAGCGCAAGAGUGGUUAAAUGUUCAGUGGGACCAAAUAAAAGUAGACAGAGAAGAGCAUGCAGCUAAAAAGUUAAUAGAAGAAGAAGAAGCUGAAAGGAAAAGAUUUGAGGGUACGCGAGUCACAGUAGAAACUUUCUUGUGUUGGAAGGAAAAAUUCAAUGAAGAGACCGGAAUCAACAAGAAAAGAGCGAUAGCAGAAAAAGAAGGCAAAAAGUUGACCGGCAAAGAAUUAUUUAUGACAGAUAAGACUCUCAUUAACUCUGACCUGAAGUUCCUUGAAGAAGGUGAAACAGUUAAAGUCGAUGAAAGUUUAUUCCAAAAUUUGGAUGAUCUUGAUUUAGAUGAUGAUGACGACGAUGACCCAGAUUACAAUCCAGGUGAUUCUGAUAGUGCUUAAAUGAACACGUUAUUGUGCUUGGUUAUAUUAAGUGAUAGUGAAUUGUUGCAUGGAGAUUGAUGAAAAUUUAUAUCAUUGAAUGUCUUACAGUAAUAGAAUUAAG